UAAAAAAGUCAUCCCAUCCCCCCAUCACACAUAGGGGCACCAGUUUAAUAGUGCUGCGUAGGGCCCCAUAGAGCCGAAGGACGGCCCUGAACACAGAAGACGACGAGAAUUCAUCUGUGGCCUGGCUAUUCAGUGGGGCACGUCCAGGGUUUCCUUGGGCCCUGCUUUGCUUUAGCUUCUCUGGUAGCAUCUCUUGAGUGGCUCAGGCCCAUCACUUGCCCUGCGAGGCCACCAUCUGCUUCUUGGGCUGAUAUCUUCAUCUCAAGCAAGCCAGCUGUGAGGAGGCCCAGAAUGCCAACCAGCCCGGCAGGCAGCCCCAGUGCAACAGCUGGUGCUGGGCCACCUCGCCAUAGCCUGAAGGAACUAGGAUUGCAUCUCUCUGCCCCUCAGAUGGCAGGAGGCGAACAGGAAGGGUAGGGGGGCUUGUCAGAAAUCAAAGGGAGGCAUCACCAUUGAUUAAUUGCCUUCAUUUGCAUAUGAAACUGGAACCUCUUGUCCCCUUCAGGUCUGACACGUGCUGCUGUAACCAAGGCUGCAAUAGGAUGAGCUAACUCAGGAAGGACUCAUUCAUUGCCAGACUUGGGCGUCUUCACACUGUGUUCUGGAUCAGUCCUGAAUCUUGGCCUUCCUCCCACUCCAUACAUCGUAUCAAGCAAGCCAGAUGCGAGGAGGCCCAGAAUGUCAACCUGUCUGGCCUCCCACUUUGCUCCGUCCAAUCAGGACCUUCCAUAUUCAUUGCCCGUGGCCCCGCCUGCACAUUAGAGUUAUUUAAGCCUUGUGUCCCACCUGAUGUGAGGUGGGGCUGAGCUGCAAACCUGCCUCUGGACUCCCACUUCCCCCAAAGAUCAGGGCUCUGCCUGUCAUAUGAGGUGUGGUGAGGCACCCAGAAUUAUGGCAUCUUCCGCCUGCUCCUUGUCCUCUUUCUUUUUCUUCUGUGUCCUGGUUCUCUCUGAUGUCUGCCCAGUGGACUCCCUGGAUGCAAACACCCCAGAGAAUACCAACCACCUUCAAAACCAGGAGCUGUGGCCGCAUCCAGCAGGACCCCAUCACAGACAUGGCACAGCCAGGAAGGACAGAGCCCCUGGCGUGUCUUCCCGAGGGCACGUGUCCGGAGAGGAGGCCUUCAGGCUGGCAAGUGGGAUGCCAGCAGGGGAGAACCAGGGAGCAAUCCAACAGCCUGCUGCCCUGAAGCAGCAGAAGGACGUGUUUCUGGGCUUUGAGUUCCCAUAUCCUGAGAGGGAGAACCAGUCCCCUGGAUUGGAGAGGGGGAAGAAGCAGAACCGGGAGCACCGGCGGCACAGCCGCAGGGAAAGGCUGAAACAAAACAGAGGCAAAGGCCCUGACCCUGGGCCAAGCUCGCUGUAUAAGAAGCCUGAAAGCCUUGAGGGGCACUUGCAAAACCUGCAGUUGGAGGAAUCCACGGGCCUGGCUCCCACCAUGCUCCUCUUCACCGUGCUGGAGACAGCAGUUUCUACUGAUGAUCCUCCAGCUCUUCCAGCUACAUCCCUUCGGCCCCAGGUCCGUGCCAGGCAUGAUGGGGACGUGAUGCCCACCCUGGAUAUGGCUCUAUUUGAUUGGACAGAUUAUGAAGACCUCAGGCCAGAAAUGUGGCCAUCUGCCAAGAAGAAAGAGAAACACCGUAGUAAGAGCCCUAGCAGUGGGAAUGAAACCAUGGAGGCUGAAGGAGAACCAUGUGACCAUCACCUUGACUGUCUCCCAGGAUCCUGCUGUGACUUGCGUGAGCACCUCUGCAAACCACACAAUCGAGGCCUUAACAACAAGUGUUACGAUGACUGCAUGUGUGCUCAAGGGCUACGUUGUUAUGCCAAAUUUCACCGGAACCGAAGAGUGACCCGAAGGAAAGGGCGUUGUGUGGAGCCAGAGUCGGCCAGCAGCGCGCACGCAGAUGUGCAUAUAAUUCUCUGUGUGUGCACGCGCCCACUCAUCCCCCGCCCCGAGGACUCCCCAAACCAGACCAUCGCACGCUCAUCCUCUGUGUCUUCCAUGCAGGGCUACGUUGUUAUGCCAAAUUUCACCGGAACCGAAGAGUGA